GCAAAGCUCGUACCACUACGAAGCAUUCUGGAUUGGAUGGAAAGAAGAGGAUGGUAGACAAUGGCAUGACAUUGCAUGGAUGUUGAGUGAGCUUGUGCCAAAACCCACUGUGGGAAGGGAGAUAGACGCUCUAGCUUUGGGGCGACAUACUUGUAUAGAAAUGGCAAAAAUGCGGCAUCAAGAACGAACGUGUGGUUAAUUUCAUCGCCAAUCAAAUCGCGUCGAAUUGUUUGAUCAAUGACUCGGAUGGCGUGUUGUUGAUGUAGGAUCUGGUGUAGGUGUCAUGGAUUCGGGGGGUCUGCUGGUGUUAUCUGACAUGGCGAAGCUGGCGCCAGCGGAGUGACUCAAUUGAUGAACCAAAUUGAGCAUGCAUCCUUCAAAAACUAGUCAAUCCGAUCAACUUAUCAUAAGCCAUAUAAACCUGCUAUAAGCAAUCCACUCUUUGGACUGCUUUUCGACCAUGGAUACAUUCGCAGAACCAUACACACGCGCAGGAGACGACAUUUCACUCGAUGCAGUCCGUGAUCAUGUUAGAGCACUCGAAGCACGACACAAAGCCAACGGUGUCCAAUUAUCAGGCCGCAUCAUUCAUGUCUGCCAUUAUCUUCCUGUAACUUGCACCAUCACUUCCGCCGCUGCAAGAGAUGGCGUACUCAGUCCACCUCCCACACCUCCUCGUGUUCUUACAGAUGUACCACCAAGCCCAUCCGAGGAACUUCCUCCACUCGCUCUACCCACCCAGCCUGAACGUUGGAAACUAGCUCCACGCUACGGACACAGCGCAAUGACAAGCGGUAUUCGUAGUCUCAGCGUCACACACGAACAAAUCAUUCUUGGAUGGACGGGCGACAUUCUAUCACCCGCUGCUCCACCCGAUGGGAAUUCUUCUCCAGAUGGUGACGUCAACCCCUCCACUGGUGAACGCGUCCCUUCUGUUCGCGACCGUGUUCCAUCUUCUCGUAUCUCUCAAGAGGACAAGGAUGCGCUCGACGACGAGCUCGCUCAUUACAUCGGGCUUGAACAAGAAACCGGUAAACCGAUCAGUUAUCUUCCACUCUGGAUGGAAGACAACGUCGCACACGGUCAUUACGAUGGAUACUGUAAACAAACUCUAUGGCCCCUCUUCCAUUACCUCCUCUGGCAGGACGUAGCAACAGAGCAUGCCAGUGCCGACGCUAAUUACGAGUAUUAUGAACAGGCCAACCAAGCAUUCGCAACACGCCUAGCUAGUGUCCUCAAACCAGGGGAUCUCGUUUGGGUCCAUGACUACCAUCUCCUCCUAGUCCCCCGCAUGCUCAGAAAUGCAAUGCAUUCCGGUGCUGUGAGCGGCGUGGGCGGGGAGAAUGGCGGAGACGUCAUCAUCGGUCUAUUCGUGCAUACGCCUUUCCCGAGCUCGGAAGUGUUUAGAUGUUUACCACGCCGCAAAGAAAUUCUCGACGGAAUGCUAGGCGCCAACCUCAUCUGCUUCCAGACCUACAGCUACACCCGCCACUUCACCUCCACCUGCGUUCGCGUAUGCGGGUACGAAACUACUAGUAAGGGUGCUACAGCUGCCUCUGCUAGCGCGUCUCGGAGCGCGAGCGUUGUCCCUCGUAGCACGACUGCAACUGGGAUUGAAUUCACCCGUAGUGGAAAAAGCAAGAAAGGUGGAGCGGGCGUUGAGAAAUAUGUCGGUAUCGAUGUACAGGGACAUGUGGCUGCUGUUACGCAUUGCCCGGUGGGGGUGGAUGCGGAGAGAGUUGCGAGGGAUACCCUCCGCGCAGGCGUCCAACCGAAACUCGAAGCACUCCGCGCCCUCUAUGCAGACAAGAAGAUCAUCGUAGGAAGGGACAAGUUGGAUGUCGUCAAGGGGGUUUUGCAAAAGCUCCGCGCGUUUGAGAAGCUUUUACAUGAUUACCCAGAGUGGCAGCGCAAAGUCGUGCUUAUCCAGGUGUGUCCUGUCAUCUGGAGCAAUACCCAAAUAUCGAUGAAUGAUAAACACUGGUUGCAGGUGACAUCCCCCGCGUUAACAGACUCUCCAAAGCUCGAGCGUCAAGUCUCCGAACUCGUCGCGCAUAUCAAUGGAGAGUAUGGGAGUUUGGACUUUAUACCCGUACAUCACUACCACCAGACCCUCCGAAAAGACGAAUUCUACGCGUUGUUGAGCGCUGCAGACCUCGGAGUAAUCACGCCCCUCAGGGACGGAAUGAACACGACCUCGAUGGAGUUCGUGAUCGCACAAGAGCGCACGAAGCGCUCUCCACUCGUAUUGAGCGAGUUUAUGGGUAUCAGCCAGCACAUGGCUGAUGCGCUCCAGGUGAACCCUUGGGAUCUUGGGGAUGUAGCAGCUGCGAUGAACCGCGGGUUAGUCAUGUCGGAGGAGGAGAAAGCUUCGAGACACGCUGCGUUGCACUCGGUCGUGACCACUCACACCUCGCACACGUGGGCUGCGGUCCUUGCCAAGAUGCUGCUUUCGCAGAUCAACGGACAAAAUACUGCACGUCAAACGCCUUACAUCCCUAGAGACAGUCUCAAGGAGCUGUAUGAUAACGCCGGGAAGCGUCUGUUCUUGUUCGAUUACGACGGCACGCUCACGCCGAUCGUCAAGAUGCCAUCAAUGGCGCUUCCUUCUCCCGAUGCACUCACAGCCCUCGCAAAACUGACAUCUGACCCAAACAACAUCGUAUACAUCGUAUCCGGCCGUGACCAAGCGUUCCUCGAGGAACACCUAGGCCAUCUCCCGCGUCUCGGGAUGAGCGCAGAGCACGGAGGAUUUAUCCGUUCGCCUGAUAGCGCUGUAUGGAUGAAUUUUACCGCUAGUCUUGAUAUGAGCUGGAUGGAGGAAGUAGCGGAGAUCUUCAGGUAUUAUACAGAGCGUACAACUGGGAGUCAUAUUGAGAUGAAGAAGAGCUCGAUUACGUGGCACUAUCGUUCAACUGAUCCCGAGUGGGGACAGUUCCAGUGCAGGCAGUGCCAGGAUUUACUGGAGAACAACGUGGUACCAAAGAGGCCGAUCGAGGUGCUCGUGGGUAAGAAGAACCUAGAAGUGAGGCCUAUCGCCGUGAACAAGGGUGAGAUCGUCAAGCGUAUAUUAUACCAGAACCCUGGAGUCGAGUUCAUCUUUUGCGCUGGUGACGACAAGACCGACGAAGACAUGUUCCGCGCCCUCCUCCUCUUCCCCCCUUCCUCAACCGGCAAAGCGACGAUGGAACCCCCGCUCUCAGUGAUGCUCGUCGAUAACACCAAGGAGCACAGCGACGUCGAGCUUGCGGUGUCUCCCGAAGCUGUGUUCACGACUGCCGUUGGACAGAGCAGCAAGCGGACGCUUGCGAGUUGGCAUGUGACGACGCCUGAGGAGGUGGUGGAGCAUAUGUUGUAUUUGGUUGGGGAGGUGCCGAAGGGGGAAGAGGUGAAGGGGUAUCUGUGAGUCUUGCAUUGUGCCUUGUGAAUCGCGUUGCAUGCCUUGCGAAUCGUGCUGCAGUAUAGAAUUUUUUCGUUUUAAAAUGUUUGUAGAAGGUGUUAAGAACAUUCAUGUACUUGUACAUGUCCCUAGAAUGUCUAUAGACCAAUGAUUAUUUGUUUUGCAAGA